UGUACCCCCAUUUCGGGAGCUAACCUAUAAUUUGUAACUUGUCAAAACAUUAAAUAUAAAAUUAUCUUUGAUUAUAUUCAAAGUGUCACAUGGAUAAAAAGCUGAUGCUUUAACAGUUCAUUUAUAUUUUGUUGCAUUAAAACUAUGCGCCACAAAAUAUGCAUGGUCUCAGACUUUUUCUUCCCCAACAUGGGCGGGGUCGAGGAACACAUUUAUAAUCUAUCACAGUGCCUCAUCCUGAAAGGCCACAAAGUCAUUAUAAUCACCCACAGUUACAACGACCGCGUAGGUGUCCGUUAUUUAACCAACGGUCUUAAGGUGUACUAUCUCCCCAUAAAAGUUUUCUACAAUCAAUGCAUUCUCCCCACAAUGAUCGGCAACAUCCCACUAUUAAGGUACAUUUUGCUCCGCGAACAAAUCGAAAUUAUACACGGCCAUUCGUCCUUCUCGGCUUUGGCGCACGAAGCCAUGCUCAUUGGCAGUCUUUUGGGUCUUAAAACAGUAUUCACAGACCACAGUUUGUUCGGAUUCGCCGACGUGACUGCGGUAAUUGCCAAUAUGUUUCUCCAAAUAUCAUUGUCAGGGUGCAAUCACUGCAUAUGUGUUUCACAUACUGGCAAAGAAAACACUGUCCUGAGGGCCAGUGUGCCUAGUGAAAGAGUUUCUGUUAUUCCCAACGCUGUCGACACCUUCUGCUUCACACCAGAUCCGACGCAAAGGAAUAAAUCACAAAUUACCAUUGUUAUUGUUUCAAGACUGGUGUACAGGAAAGGUGUUGAUUUGACUGCUCAAAUUAUUGGGGACCUGUGUCUAAAAUAUAAGGAAAUCAACUUUUUAAUAGCUGGUGAUGGACCAAAAAGAUGGUUGUUAGAAGAAGUACGUGAAAAGGAGGGUCUUCAAGAUCGCGUGACUUUGCUAGGCAGUCUUGAACAUUCCCAAGUCAGAAACGUUUUAAUCAGAGGCGACAUAUUCUUAAACACCUCAUUAACUGAAGCUUAUUGUAUGGCGAUAGUUGAAGCUGUUUCAUGCGGUUUACAGGUCGUUUCAACAAAAGUAGGUGGAAUUCCGGAAGUUUUACCAAGUGAUUUAAUCUAUCUGACUGAACCAACAGUUCCGUCAUUAUUGGAAGGUUUAGAAACGGCGAUAAAUGAUUUAAAAACCGGCAAUGUUGUAUGUCCGUUUGAGUGUAACAAAAGAGUUAGACAGUAUUAUAAUUGGGAGAACGUUUCGGAUCGUACUGAAAUUGUUUAUCAACGGGUUUCGCAUGAACCGAAAAAGGAUUUAAAAGCACAAUUGAAAAGUUAUUUGCCCAGCGGAGUUUGGCCGUAUCUUUUGGUCGUUUCUUUAGCGUAUAUAAUUGUUCAGAUUUACGAGUUUUUUGUGCCGAGAUUCGAAAUUGACAUAGCCAAAGAUUAUGAUUAUAAAUCUGCCAGAAAAAAUAAAACAAAAUGAAUUUUAUAUAUAAAUAAAUGUUUUCUAUAAAUUAA